AUGGGUGUAGUAUUAAACGCUAGAGAGCCGCUGGUUAAAACCAGCGAACUAGUAAAUUGGAUCACCCAUAUGAAAGUAAAGAAAAUGUCGUUUAAACGUAAAAAUCUCUUCAUUGAAGCCGUGUUGUCCUCAGCGCUCACGCGGGCCGAGUACGAACUGCGCGUGAAGCAAAAACAGCGCAGACUCAAGUGGCAGUUUCUAAAAUCGACCCUCGAGUCACGUGAGGGUCACUUAGCCAAGGACGCGUGGAGUCAUCACGAAGAAAUUCAUAGUUUAGAUCGUUUCAUGUCGCAAUUAAAGGAUGUAAAACCUAUAGAGAGAUGA